UCUCUAAUUAUUAUUUGCAAAUUUUGCAGGGCAUGUACAUGGUUGUAUAUUCUCAACGGCUUGCAACCAUGCUUCACAACUCUGUGAUAUUUCAGGGAUUACUAUUAUGGACUACAUCACUGCUAAUGGGUGGUUAUCCUGGUGCCGUAUCUUUUGGGUUAUCAUGUUUGAGCAUUAUGCUGAUGUGGAUAUCUUCCAUGAGCCUAUCUGCUCUAGUAGCCUUUGUGUUACCCCUUAUAUGUUCCUUCCCUACUCCAUAUAUUGGAAAUCCAUUACUAGUUGUUGGAUUAUUUGGCGCACCGGCUUUACUUGGGGCAUUAGUGGGUCAACAUAUUGGUUUUUGUCUUCUAAAGAAAUACCUUCGACAGAUAUUCUCCAAAAGGACGCCUAGGCUAUCUUCCGAAACUGAGGAAAAUCUCAUUGAGUUAGAAGCUGAAAGGUGGCUUUUUAAAGCUGGUUUUGUUCAAUGGCUGGUCCUCCUAGCUAUUGGCAACUUCUUUAAGAUUGGAUCUACCUAUAUAGCCCUCAUUUGGCUAGUUUCGCCUGCUUUUGCUUAUGGUCUGAUGGAAGCAACACUAUCGCCGGCACGGUCACCUAAGAAGCUUAAAGUUGCUACAGUGAUUCUGGGUAUGGCUGUUCCUGUAAUGUCCUCUGCUGGCGUUGUUGUACGCUUGGUAGGAAUAAUAGUUGGGAGUAUUGUUCGUCUAGAUAGGAAUCCUGGUAACGUACCUGAUUGGUUCGGGAAUGUGGGACUUGGUGUGUUCAUAGCUUUGGUUGUUUGUCUUAUGUUUGUUUAUAUUCUAUCCUAUAUACAUCUUUCAGGCGCAAAGGGACCACUUGUUAUUUUAACAUGUGCGUUGCUUGCACUGUCAUUAGCAGCCGUAUCAACCGGCAUCGUCCCAGCAUUUACGGAGGACAUUGCUCGAGCUGUAAAUGUUGUGCAUGUUGUCGAUACAACGGGAAAAUACAAUGAGAAUCAAGAGCCGUCUUCUUACAUUUCUUUAUUUUCCAAUACUCCUGGUAAGCUGACGACAGAACUGGAGAAUCUCAAAGAUGAGGAAUUUUCUUGUGGGCGGAACAACACUCUGGAUUUCGUCACUUUUACUGUCAAAUAUGGCUGUUGGAGUUCCAAAGAUAGCAAAGUUGGAUGGAGCAAAUCAGAAGUUCCAGUUCUCCAAGUUGAAAGAGAUUCAAUUACAGAUGUUAGAGAAACAAGAGUUUUGAUCGAUACAAAAUCGUCCACACGAUGGGCUCUUGCUAUCAAUAAAGAAGAAAUUCGUGACUUUUCAAUUCAAGUCGACUCGAAGGAGUUGAUUCCAGUAGGCGAAAAGAGCAUGGUCGACGGAUGGCACAUCAUCCAGUUUUCAGGCGGCAAGGACUCGCCGACAAAGUUUCAGCUAAACCUUUUCUGGUUCGGUGACGCCACACAUCGAUCGCAAGAGACAGAUGAAGAAGGAGAAGACCCUCCUCUCUUACUAAAGCUAAGAACCGAUGUGAACAGAGUAACGCCGAUAACUGCGAGGGUUCUCGAGAAGCUCCCGCCGUGGUGUUCCCCCUUUGGUAAAUCCACUUCUCCGCACACGUUAGCGUUCUUGGCCGCUCUCCCCGUCCAUUUUUAGGCUUCUUGUUAGUUUUUACUUGUUUGUAAGCUGUAAUGAGCCUUGUACAAUCAAUUAAUAUAUUUUUCUAUUUAAUGUUCCAAGAGCUUCAUCAGUUAACUCACUGCGAAUAACACUUGUGGAUGCAGCUUCUUCAGUACUUUGGUUUUGUUGAA